AAACUCUGCCCCCGUGCCCCCGAUGUCGAGCAGCCUCUUCCUCUGCUCUUACCAGGUGCGCUAUGCCAGCCUCCCGGCACCUCUCCGGCAGCCGGGCCGCCACGCCGACCGGCUGCCCCCGGCGGCUCCCGCGUUCGUCUCUCGCAGCCUUCAUCGCCCUCCUCCCCUCCACUGGACCGGCUCGGGGGUUCGGAUGAUUUCUUCUUGCUUCGUGGUCAAAAGAAGAAGGCGUAGGAACGGUAUCCACGCCUCUUUGUUUGGCGUUGGAGCUCCUGAAGCUCUGGUCAUUGGAGUGGUCGCCUUGCUGGUUUUUGGCCCCAAGGGUCUAGCAGAGGCAGCCAGGAGUUUGGGGAAGACUUUGCGUGCGUUCCAACCGACUAUCAGAGAGCUACAGGAUGUAUCAAGGGAUUUCAAGAACACUCUUGAACGAGAAAUUGGACUUGAUGAGGAUCCCCCAUCCAUGAGUUAUAGGCCUCCUCCAUCUAUGAAUAAUAGCCAACAGCCUGCUGUUGACCCAGAUGUCAAGCCUGAAACAACCGUGCCUUACACCAGCGAGGAACUCAUGAAAGUAACCGAAGAACAGCUGGCUGCAUCCGCAAUUGCUGCUUGGAAUGCACAGCAACCUGCCUCAUCUGAACAGCAAGAAGCAGCAGCAGCAGCAAUAACACCUUCUCAAAGUAGUGACUUGGCAUUAUCAGGAGGAGGUAGUGAUGGUCCUGUUGCCGUGACGGAGGAGUCCAACUCAGAAGCAGCAGCAGCAACAACACCUUCUCAAAGUAGUGACUCAACAUUAUCAGGAGGGAAUGAUGGUCCUGGUGCCGUGACGGAGGAGUCCAACUCAGGUAAUACUGAGAAUGCAAAGCUGAGAGAUGAGGCAUAAUACUAAAAACAGAAAGUAUGUUGUAUGCGGAGUAGAGCAAGGUGGAAGCUUUGGCAUCAAUUGGUUGUAGAAAGAAUGAAAUAGUUUUGGUUUCCAUUUGGUAAGCUGGGUUGGCCAAGUGAUGGGUGAUUCGAGGCUUCGGUUAGUAGCGGCUUGGUCUGUUGUGGUGUGUAGCAUGGAGAGAUAGGUAGGUGAUGCGAAACCGAGCUGUGCAUAUCUUGGUCCUCCUCCAAUGUCCUAUUUUUGCCACGGCUGUUGUUACAUGUCUGUACCAUAUUUGUGAUUAUGCAAAGGUAAGCAGAUAGAUUUUUGAA